UGGAGCAUUCACAUCGUCCACACUCACUCGACUGUCAAACCGAGGGAGCAUCGCUGUGUAAUUUAUGCUGAUCUCGCAUAAAAUCCCUCUGGAUCAAUGCCGAUCUGAUUACGAGUAUCUUCGCUCGGACAGUCAAUAUUUGCAGGCUAGCAGGGAGAACGCAGGGGCAUCUUGUGUGAUGCUGGUGUAUUGGGAAUAGCGUGAUAGCACAUCUGCCCCUUCUAUUCUGGAGAGUGACGGCUUCAGAGGCCACUGGUGGAAUGUGAAAUAAGUAGUGAUCAUUGCCUGGGCUUUGUUUGUUACAGAGUGAUAGCGAACUGCUAGUAUACAUGGAAUAAUUGACCAAGAGCCGUCCCCACGCAGAGGAAGUCAGCGGACAUGUGUUAAUGUGUGACUGACCAGUGGCCGGCAGGUGAAAGGCCAGCUGAAGAUUUGGAAUUAUCUAUAAUACUGUGUGUGAGGACGGGAGACUUCUACAGAUCCAAGCAACAGGUGUAGUGUAGUGUGCAUGAUGUGACAUUCAAGAUGCUGCUGAGAUGUCGUCGUCGGCCAUGUUGAGACAGCCAGCGACACUGGUGGUGUUCUUCCUCUCCCUCGGCCUCCACCUUGCCACCAGCGCCGCCUUCAUCUUCGACAGCAGCGGAAUUGUACGGCCCAAGAACCCAUAUGGUUUCAUCGGCGAUGUGCUGAACCUCACCUGCAAUGUGACCGACCUCAAGGUCAGCGGCAAUGUGUCGGGAUACAUGUACUUCACCAAGCAGUUCUACAACGAGGAGCGAGCACUGCCGCUGCACUACGUCCGGAUACUCAGCACUCGCAGUAUCCGGCUGCAGUAUCCGGUGGAGUCCAGGAAACAGCAGGGGACGUACGUCUGCCACCUCAACAACACGGAGGAUGGAACCAGUAUGGUGCUCGGCAGCCAGUACGUCACUGUGGACUACCGAGCCAUGGCCGUGAGUCGCAUCAACUGCUCGGUGUACAACUGGGAGAACAUGACUUGUACAUGGGAUCUGGGCAGAGAUUAUGUCAACAACUUCAACGUUCAGCUUGUGUGGGCCUUAAUUGGCUACGAAUUCUGAAGCCUAUUGGUUGACUACCAAGAAAUGCUAUCCAAGCACAGGCUACACAUACUGGUGCAGGCUUCAUGUGGUCCAUCUGUUUGUCACAUCUCAGUGGUAGUUUAAUACAUUU